GUGUUUUCUCUGAUCAAUCAAUGUCAUAAUUUGUUGUUUUUAAAUAAAAACAUUGGAUUUUACGGCUUUUAUUGAAAUAAAACAUACAUUUUCUGUAAUUUGUUUGCAUUAAAUAAAACUUAAGGGUACCUUAAUUUUUGUGUAUCAUAUUCAUGUGUUUUAAUAAUGGCAGAAUUAAAAAUAUGCAGAAUAUGCCUUCGAACCGAAUCAAAGGUUUAUAAUUAUGAUCAGCAUCAAUUAAAAUCAUAUUACGAAGAAGUUUUAGCCUUAAAAGUAAACGAAUCGGACAACCUACCCCAUUAUUUUUGUUUCGAAUGUGCAAUGCAGUUGCACAAGUUCCACAAGUUCAAAGAAAAGAGUUAUUGCGGGCAAAAAAUACUUAAAGACAUGUUGAGGAAAGGCCCGAUUACAUAUGAAUCAGUAUAUAAAAUAAAUAGAUCUGCUCAUAAUCUAGAAUCACCUUUAGGAAGAGUAACGUUCACAUCUAAUAUAUUUAAACAAUUAAAUAUUGAACACGACGAAGCCAUUAAAGACGAAAUCAAAUACGAACAAAGAGUUGAAAAUGUGCAAUUAGAUGCCGUUGAUGAUUCAUUUAACACCGAAGAUAUUCAUGAAAAUGAUCAUGUUGAUGCAAAGAUAGAAACUAGUCCAUACAUAGAUAAUAUAGAUAAAGAUGACGUUACUGAUUGGAAGCAUAAAGAUGGGUUUAAAACAAAGGAUAAAUUCAAAAGGAUAAAUUUAAUGGAUGGUAAUAAUUGGAAGAAGAUUGAUUUGACAGAAGAACAGGCUGUGCAGGAACACAGAUCGAGAGCGAAUGAUGAAAAAUAUAAAGCAGCUGCGUUCAAAUGUACCGAUUGCUUCAAAGGUUUCUCUAAAGAGGAGAUGCUGAAGAGACACAAUAAGUUGAGACAUAAAGAGUCGAUCGGUUCGUUCGAGUGUCGGUUCUGUCGCAUGCGGUUCAAGUGGAAGUGUGAUCUGCGCAAACACAUGCGAGCGCACUACACCAAGUACCUGUGUCUGCGCUGCCAUCUCGUGUGUCCGGUGGAAAACACGGCGAUCCUCCACGAACAGUACCACAGCGGUGUCAUAAGAAAAUGUUCGUACUGCAAUGAAGAGUUUAGGCACUCGUCGACGUACUACACGCACCUGCGCACGCACCGCAGCGCGUACGUGUGCGCGCUGUGCGGGUCGUCGUUCGUGAGCGCGGCGGGCCUGCACCAGCACAAGCGGAUCAAGCACUGCACUCGGGACAUUGAGAGCCCAGACGAUGAUGAAGACGUGAACACGUUCUGUUCCCGUUGCGACAUCCGCUUCGAGACGAGGAAGGCGUACGAGGAACAUCUCUUCCAUUCAGCGAUGCAUGCUGAAGUUGUCGUUGAAGGUCUGCAGAUUGAACAUCAGCCCAGAAAGAUAUUGGGGAAGAAGAUGCAAGAUAAGAUUACAAGUUUAUUGAAAUCCAGAAAGUUCGAAAAAGUUCCCAUUAAGCCCGAGAUAAGAAGAAACAAGAAGAUGAGAAGAAAAAAGACGAAACCGACCACGUGUCACCAGUGCGGCAAGCACUUCGAUACUCAAGCGGCGUGUUUGAAGCAUCACCUUGCGGAACAUCCCGGAACGUCCUUCUGCCCCCCCAACGAGAGACACAUCUGUGAGAUUUGCGGAGCAUCCUUAGCGCCCGGUAGCGUCGCAGUCCAUCAGAAUCUCCACACGAGGGAAAAGGUUCACUCGUGCGAGACUUGCGGACGACAGUUUCUCUCGAACAUCGGAUUGAAGCGUCACAUGUUGACGCACACGGGAGAGAAGCCGUUCGCGUGUACGUUAUGCGACAAGAGAUUCACACAGAGCAACAGCAUGAAGCUGCACUACAGGACUUUCCAUCUGAAACAACCUUAUCCUAAAAGGAAUCGGAGAAAAAAAAAUGAAGAUAAGAAGAACAUAUCGGACGAGGGCAGCGAUGAAGGCAACAUUUCACCAAAGAAGGUUUCGGAUAGCAAGACCGAACCGGAGCCGGUCGAUCCGGUCGAUCCGGUGAACGCUGUGUCCGAUUCGAUUGUGAUCGAACACAAUGAAAUUGACUAUCUAACACUCGGUUACCAAAAGUAUUAAUAUUUAAAUUGUAAAUUAUUUAAUUUUAAUAAAAGUU